GAUCGAGCCGGCGUAGGGAGGUGAUAGCUAUGCAGGUGCUUCACCGGUUGAAGCAAAGAAUAUGGCCCCGAACGCCCUCAAUGCCCUCAAACUCGCAGUAAACACACUUAAACAAUGUAAAACAACGCUUUCCACGAUUUAGGAAGGUCGUCGCCGUAGCUAAACACAACUAAACGACAAAAGCAAAUGUAGAUGUAAAUGAGUGUUGCAGUCGUAGCUGCUGGGCGUGUUUGGUUCCUUCUACCCAGUGUCUUCAGCGUCUAUCCCUAUGGCCCUGAGGCCUAUGUGUUCAUGGCUUGGGUCGGAUCCUUGUUCAGGGUCAGGGUCGAGUCCGACCUGGCUGAACUGCCCGAGCAAGCCUAUUUGCAGCAUGAAUUCGGCGACGUAGCAGAUUGCCUGCGGGUCUGA